ACAGCUACUUUGCAAUGAUAUUAAAAGGGGACGUUUUCUGAUCAUUCUCUGUGUCUUCAACAACAGUGGUGACACAAGCUAGAAGAUUUGCUAUUAUAAGGACUUUUGCAGUAUUAUUCAGUACUUUAUAAUCUUUUUGAUGAUGUCUAAAUUUAAUGAUUCUACAUCUAACAUCACUCAGACUGUACUGCCGUUGCAUCAAGAUUUGAAAACAUUUUUGUCUGUGUCCUCAUGUGUUAUUUUUCUCUAUGUCAACGGGGUCAUGAUCUUCACUUUAAAGAAGAAGACUGUUUUUCAGGAGGCAUCCCGCUAUAUUUUAUUUGGACACAUGCUUUGGAUUGACACGCUUAAUCUUGUAAUGAGUGUAGUGUUGUUUGUUUGCGCUGUUUGUAGGCUUUUUGUUUUGAAAAUUGUCUGCCUUGUGCUUCUCGUUGCUGCAACGGCUCUCUAUCAGAUCUCUACCUUGAAUCUGGCUUUAAUGUCGCUGGAGAGGUAUGUGGCCAUCUGCUUUCCUCUCAGACAUGCAGAAAUCACCACUUACGGAAGAACUAAUGUGGCCAUCGGUGUCAUUUGGAUGAUAAGCUGCAUUCAAUCCUUGUCUGAGAUUAUUGUCUACUAUUCCAUUGAUACCACAAACAUAGCACUGAAUUUGUUCUGCUCAAGAACCACUCUUUUCAGGCUGCAGAUCUAUAAGAAACUUGAUAUAGCUUUCACAUGUAUGUUUUUCGUGUCUGUGUGUUUUGUUAUUAUCUUUACUUACGCCUCUAUAGCAGCUGUGGCUAAAACAGCCGCCUGUGAUAAAGCAUCAGCCAAAAAAGCCAACAAGACUGUUCUGCUGCAUCUAAUACAGCUGGGACUCUGUGCUGCGUCUAUCUUAGUUGGAGUUAUCCAAGAAGCCAUUUAUGUUUAUACUGACUAUAUGACUUCAUUGAAUGUGAUGUAUUUUUGCUUUGUAGUGUUUAUGAUUUUUCCAAGAUGUUUAAGUCCUCUUAUAUAUGGUCUGAGAGAUCAGGCCUUCAGCUGUGUAUUUAAAUACUACUUCACCUUUGGUUUCAAAAAGAAAAAUUGUUGUAAUACAGAAAUACAUUUAGUAUCAGGUGGAUGAGAAAUACAAGAUGUAUCUGAUGGCUAUUGAAAUGUUAUCUAAAAUGCUUUAGAAAAUAAUAUUUCUUCUCACUACAUUUGUGUAUUAUGUCUUUAUACAAUGAGCAACGGAAGUUCAGACACACAAAAAUAACUUGCAAGCAUAUUUAACAAACAUAUUAAACCCGUCACAAUGUUUGCCAGUGCACUGACUACAGAUAUUGUUUUGCAAAUGUUGUUUUUAUUUGUCAAUGUUUUGCACCCUUUCUGGCCAUGUGACAAAUAUACUUUUAUGGUUAUUUAGCUUUUUUUGUCUUUUGUCAUUUUAUGGAACAUAUAUAACAUCGGAUUGGGUUCAGAAGUAGCCUUUUUGAAGGCUAAACAAUAAGAAAAAUAAAAUACUGUGUCAGUAGUACUGACCACUUUGU